AUGGAGUGCGGAGAGUGCAGUGGAUGCUGUAAAGAAUGCUUUGGGUGGGAAAACCCAAUUAAAUCAGGUGCUUUUCUAGCUGCUGCGAAUAUUUUCUUCUUCACAAUUUGGCUUUACGAUGUUUCUUUUCUACAAUUGUCCUUAUAUGCAUUGAUUUUUAGCAUUAUUGGCUUCCAUGCUUACAGGACAAUUGCCGGAGAAGACGAGUGCUGCAAAGACUGCUGCAAUAAAGAAUGCCUUGAAAAAGCAUUGGAAAUCAGCUAUGAAGCAGUCAACAAAGCAUUAGGUCAUAUUAGAAAGCAAACUCAAGGCAAAAAGAUAUAUGGACUUAUUGCCGGACUUUUAGUGCUUACCAUAAUUCCAACAAACUUAUUUUGCUUGUCUUGGAUUCUGAUUAAUGCAUGCUCAGCUAUUAAAGCAGCCAAAAAGUUCGCUGGAAUUGACUUGAAAGAAAUGUGUUGCACAUCAAAUUGCCCAUUAAGUGACCAAUUUUCUCACUAUUUGAACUUUAUUCCUAGAGCAAGAUCAUGCAGAAAAAAUGAUUAA